AUGUCAAUAAAGAAGAACGUUACUUUGAAUGGACAUCCUGGACAGAUCCAACAACCAGGGAGGGUCAUGCUGGUGAGACAAAGAAAUAUGACUGCAUCACAAAAAGAUGGACAGGAUUGGUGGAAAAUCGAACCCAAAUACUCUCCUGAAGUUCUCAUUGGAAACUGGCUGGAAGAGAGGAAAAGGAAAGAAGAUCAGGAAAGACGUUUUACAAAAGGUACUGGGGAACUCGGCAGCAGCAUAUACAGAACAGACUUCAUUUGCUUCCCAGAUCACAAACCAGACCAAACAAUAAGGAGAAUCAUGAUGGAAAAAUUCGAGGGCCUGCCAGUGCAGCACUUCUUCACCCAUCACGAGGAACCACGAAGACGAAAUUUAGUAUCGGAGUACGACGAUAAAUACAAUAGACACGGUUACAACCCUGUGCUGCCUCUCCUCCGCAGCUGGAAUGGACACAAGCUUGCCUGGUUUCCUCAGAAGCCAGAUUUCCCCAUUCUUGAACCACCCACCAACUAUGGCCUUCUGGAGCACCUGAUGAAAAAAUGGCACAAGGAAGAAGAUGGCGUGAUGAACAGUGUCUACACCAUUUCCUAUGGAAGCCCGCUGAUUUCUGCUUUUGCUACUCGUCAACUGAGACAACCAGCUAAAACUCAUGACCUCCUUUCCAAUCAGGGACAUCUUCCCCAAAACUUUAGCAGAAUCCUGAACUGAGGAGGUCAGAAAUAUCUGCAAGCCACUGGCCCACUGGUGAGAGGCCUCUGUGUAAACUGCUUAGGGUGA